CUUCGCAGGAGUGUGACGUACAAACGUGGAGGACUGGAACUCCUCGCGCGGUACUCUACUGGUAUACAAGACGAACGAUUCAGGGAGGGGGGAGGGACAGGGAAGCCUCAAGGAGGCUAGAGCAGAACACCAGAGAAAAGGAGCCAGUCCCUAGUCGAAUCGGAGAGGGAACGCGGUCAAGAUCACUGGUGAGGUGGUGACCCAUCGUCUCGAACCAACUGAGAGGCUGAGGCUGCUACUUCCAAUUCCUCGAUCUGGACUACCCAAACAAUUUGCCUUUCUUCGGAAUACAACGUUACUUGCUCGCAAGGAUGUAGGCUAGUAGUCUGUUGUCUUCGUCGACGCAUAUGAUCAGGAGAAUCGCUGGGAAUCCAAGCGAAGAGCCAUUUUCUAUUAGACCUCGCAUUGUUAAACUCCCUUUAUGGUGGUCUAUGCAUCGUCGCGAGACUGUUCCCUCCCAACUGGUCAUGCGUUUUGUUGUCGCGUCGCGCAACGACUGGUAGAAUAGCCAACCACUGCGCCCGAAUCCACGUAUCGAACGUUUUUUUGAAGGAGUUGAGGUUUUAUUACAAAGUAACAAAGAUAACUGGGAUGAAACCGCAACAUUUACAGUUUUCACCUCUGUGAAAGCAAUUCGACGUCCAUCUUUCUCUUAUAGCCUAUUGGUCGAAGUGCAGUGGAAGCCUAUCCUACCUCUUUUCUCCAGGUUUGUUUUCACCGUGGACAGUUCGGGACUGUAAACUAGGCUAGCUGGUCUUUUGAACCAAAACAAGUGAGUCUUGGGAUUGCCUUUUUGCUGCUGCCAAAACACUUGUCAAUUAGCCUAUUCUCCAAAGUUAAAGAUCAUUCACGACUUUGCCUUUUUAGAAGAAAAGGGAUGUUUUUUGUCGUUGAUCAAUACAUGCUCGAUUUACAAUAAACAUAGGCCUACACCUAUUUAAAUGAUUGAAAAUGUGAUGAUGUGUGGGCAGGCUACUGUUAGACAUACCUUGCUUAUCUCAUUAUUUCAGGGGAGAGCAUAGAUUAAAUGUGAAGAUUUUGAAGACGCUUGAAAUCUAGGCCUACAAGUUCGUGGUAGGUGACCUGUGUUUUUAGGCUAUUGCCCUCCCCUCCCCCCAAAGAAGUCUAGGUGAGCCUUAGUUUCUUUCAACACUUUUUUUUUUUUUUGAAACACUUUAAAAUAACAACCGCUCAUCAGGAAAUCCUACGUUACACCUAUUCCUAUUUGGAUACCCUUGAUUCUAGACACUUAGCCGAACUCAGACCUGCAAAGACGCUGAAUUUGAAGUCACCAUGGAUUCGGGCAUGGACGAUCAAACCCACAUGAUGUCUGGUGCUAUUGGACUCAGCGGCAUCUUGCGGACCGACGUGGCUGACCUGGGUUCAUCUCGGAAGCACGAGUAUCAGGGCCAGCCACAGGACAUUGGCGACAUCCUGCAGCAAAUCAUGGCCAUCACAGACGAGAGCCUCGACGAGGCACAAGCCAGGAAGCAUGCGCUGAACUGCCACAGCAUGAAGCCGGCCCUAUUCAGUGUUCUGUGUGAGAUUAAGGAAAAGACAGUUCUCAGUAUGCGCGGGGCGCAGGAGGAGGAGUCUCCGGACGCUCAGAUCAUGCGAUUGGACAACAUGCUGCUGGCGGAGGGCGUGUCCGGUCCGGAGAAGGGCGCGGCGGCCGCUGCCGCCGCUGCUCUGGCCGCCGCCGGGGAGUCAUUCAACGACAACAGCGCAGAGCACUCGGACUACCGCGACAAGCUGGCCCAGAUCAGACAGAUCUACCACUCCGAACUGGAGAAAUACGAACAGGCCUGUAACGAGUUCACCACCCACGUGAUGAACCUGCUGCGGGAGCAGUCUCGCACGCGGCCCAUCUCGCCUAAGGAGAUCGAGCGCAUGGUGGCCAUCAUCCAGCGCAAGUUCAGCUCCAUCCAGAUGCAGCUCAAACAGAGCACCUGCGAGGCCGUCAUGAUCCUCCGAUCACGCUUCCUCGAUGCCAGGAGAAAGCGCCGUAACUUCACCAAGCAGGCCAUCGAGGUCCUGAACGAGUACUUCUACUCCCACCUGGCCAACCCGUACCCCAGCGAGGAGGUCAAGGAGGAGCUGGCCAAGAAGUGCUCCAUCACCGUAUCACAGGUGUGUAACUGGUUUGGGAAUAAGAGGAUUCGCUAUAAGAAGAAUAUUGGGAAGUAUCAGGAGGAGGCCAACCUGUACGCAGUCAGGACAGCCGUGGACGCAACCAACACCUCAACGCACAGUAGCCAAGCCAGCUCGCCACACACACCAAACUCAGGUGGAUACCCAGCACCCUGUUACACACCUGAUGGGCGGUUAUGAGACCCCGCCCACUCACUCAGCCAAUUAGAAUGACAAUUUCAGCAACCGAUCUCUCACUCACUCUCUCUCUCUCUCUCACACACACACACACACACACACACACACACACACACACACACACACACACACUCUUCAUUAGGUUGUGAGUGAGGAGAUGAAGAGGAUGGAUAUCAAACAAAGUCUUUAUACUGUAUUCUCAGAGUGAUUCUGUUUCUUUUCUCUCUUUAAAAAAAUCCCUUCCUCCUCAUUUUAUAAUACAUAAUUUAAUCACAUAUUGUAGAAUAGCUCUUUGUUUCUAACACCACCUCACUGACUGGUGAACCAGGAGGCACCCGCACAAGGGCCGACCCAGGAGGAGGAGGCUUACGGAGGGAGCACUGGUGACGUGGACUCCUCAUGUUACCAUGAACACACAUUAAUAAAGAAAGAUCUAAAAAAAAAAAUGAAUGAGUGACUUAUUCAG